CUACGAGAUCAUAUGAACGUAAUGAAGGCAAUCGCUUCUGAUGGUGAAAAACCUCAUGUGCCAAAUGUAUUUCAUGCCGCUAAACGGCAACUUGCCCUUCACAAAUCUCAUAUGACCGCGAAAACCUGGUCGCGUAUAGCGAUACAGUGUCUCUAUAGCAUAAAAGUCGUCCACGACUACGGUUUUGUGCACCGUGACAUCAAACCCAACAACUUUGUCAUGGGACAUCGAGAAGACUACGAAAGGGCUCGACUAGUACACAUUCUCGAUUUUGGGCUAUCCAGGUCAUAUGCGGUUCGACAGGUACACGGCAAAUGGGUUGCAAGACGGGCACGAGGAACGGCCGAAUUCCGCGGCACGUUACGGUAUUGUUCACCAAAUGUGCACGAGAAGAAAGAACAAGGACGCCGUGAUGAUCUCUGGUCGCUUUACUAUGUUUUUAUCGAACUACAUUGUGGACUGCCAUGGCAGACGGUACAAUAUGACGGACCUACCAACAAAGUCAUAACUACUUUUUCAGUCGAACUCCAUGGGAUCAUACCGUAUCUGCGUACAUUGGAUUACUAUCAAAGGCCAGAUUACUCGAUGUUCUACAACGGCUUAGUUGCUGUGAUGAAACGUGUGGGGGCCAAGCCAUCAGAUCCAUAUGAUUGGGAAAAGCCGGAAACCGUCAGAAACAUUGUAAGCUCUACAAUUACCAUAAGUAAAGCUUCAGCAAGACUGGCUUGA